AUGAUGGAAAUUUCAUGGGAAGAAAUUACCAUCGAUGCAGAAGCUGAUCAAGAGCUUCAAAAAGUAAGGGAUGCCUUGAUAUCCGGACGAUGGGAUCAAGGAUUGCGAAGAUUUGAAUCUGAAGCUAGACAUCUUAGACUACUGGGUCCUUUGAUAUUUAAAGAUAACAAAGUUGUGCUACCUGGAAGUCUGCGACGCAAGGCUUUACGUUCAGCUCAUCAGGGCCAUAUGGGAGCAAUUUCCAUGAAGCGUAUUCUCCGCGAAUACUUUUGGUGGCCUGGAAUGACCAGAGAAGCCGACGAAUUUGUCAAAAAGUGCGAAACAUGUCUUCUCUUAUCUCGUAAAAACCCACCAAUUCCAUUGUCGACUCGAACUCUUCCAAAUGGGCCGUGGGAAAUCCUCCAAAUUGAUUUUUUUACGGAUAAACAGUUUGGUUAUGGAGAGUUCUUGGUGGUGGUCGAUACUUAUUCGAGAUACCUCUACGUCAUCGAAAUGAGAACAAUGGAUGCUGACGCUACAAAUCUUGCUUUGAGCCGUAUAUUCGAGGUAUGGGGAUAUCCGUUAGCUAUCCAAAGCGACAACGGGCCACCAUUCCAGAGCGAGAAAUUCAUCAAGACAUGGGAGGAUAAGGGUAUCAAGAUAUGGAAAUCUAUUCCUCUAAGUGCCCAAUCAAACGGAGCAGUGGAGAGGCAAAAUAGGGGAAUAAAGGAAGCACUUGCUGCUUCGAGAAUCGACAAAGUCAACUGGAAAUCUGCUUUGGACAAAUAUGUACAUAUGCAUAAUAAAGUCAGACCGCUCUCUCGCCUAGGGGUAACUCCUUUCGAGUUGUUAGUAGGAUGGAAGUUUCGUGGCACCUUUCCCUACCUCUGGGACAACCACGAAAAUAAUUUGGAUCGUACGGAAAUUCGAGAAAAAGAUGCGCUUUCAAAACUGGAAAGUAAGCUAUAUGCAGAUGAAAAGAGAGGAGCAAAGCCGUCUGAUAUUGUGGUUGGUGAUACAGUCAUUUUAAGCAGGGCAAAACGAUGCAAAAGUGAUUCCACGUUUGGUGCAGAUAAGUAUACUGUAGUGGCACGAGAUGGUGCCAAAAUAGUCGUUUGCAGUGAUAGAGGCGUUCAGUUUUCGAGGAAUGUGCAAGACGCUAAGCGAGUGCCAGAAACCUUCAAUGAAUCUGCAACGGAGUUACUAUCGGCCAACGAACAUUUGAACGAACAAGGACAGAGCUCUACACAGAAUAACGAAGAAAACAGAUUAAAUCGUGGUUUGAAUUCGGAUGAUAAACGAGAUCUGCAUUCCACUAUGGAUGACGAACCAAGGAGGUCAACUCGUGAAUUGAAGAAACCUUCUAAAUUUAAGGACAUGCUUCUUUAUACAAUAUUUGGAUAG